AUGUAUCUCUCCAACCUUGCGCCUGAGCUACUUCUCAAUAUCAUAUCUUCCCUUGAGGCGAAUGAUCUCGCACAACUCGUGCAAACGUGCCGAUAUCUAUAUAACACUGGCAAUGAAAUUAAGAUCCUGCGCCAAGUCGAAGCUGUCGACGCUGACACAUUGAAAUUUAUUUUAGGGUUGGAGCAACCCUACGUAGAAGGUUGGAAUUAUAGCAUUGUUCGGCGAGGGAGCAUGAUGUUCGCCGUUUCGUUCACCAUUAUAGAUGUAGAACCCGGAUCAAAACCCCGGGUCUCUACUCUAGAUUCCUCAUCAUCAGCCAUAUUUGACGUAUUGGCAGAUCAAAUUGCAACGAGAAACAAGAGAAUUGUCGAUGGGAAAUUCAGAGUUGGGAGCGGAAUUCUCGACUGUGAUUCCACAGGCUCAAUCCUUUUCGCACUUAAGAAAUACUCCCAUGUUCAUCCAGCUUCGGAGUUCUCAAUUGCCUCCCUGUCUACUGAAUUUUCUCUCAGUCAGCAUGACUUGUCAACCUUUUUUGACACCCAAAAGCUCACCAAACUCAGUCUAAGAUUUCCUGCGGCGUUUUGGGAAUACGAUUACAGUAUGGGCUUUCCUAGCUCUGAAGCCUCACAGCAGGCGCACUUUGCUCUCAAUAAAAAAUUACUGCGAGAUAUAGAAAACCUCAGAGAUCUACUUCUUAAAGUCUCAAAUCUCGAAAUUCUUUCCCUCAGGCCCCAUGUAAGCUUCUUUAGAGUCAUCCAACCACUUAUGGUCCUACCUCCAGCCUUGGAUGGGCUCGGACAAGCUGUCGAAGGGCUGACUAAACUACACACGCUCAAAAUCAGCGAAUAUCUCUUUCAUCCGGCCUUCUUCCUCCCGGUCCCUAAAACAGUGAAAAAAUUACAAUACAAAAAGGUCAACAAGCUCUCUCAAGGAUGGUGGUCUCGGUUUGCAAAGGCGCCUCUUACAAAUGUUGAAAGCUUGUCGAUUAGAUCAGACGGCAUUGGACUCCGCCCUAGGAGCGUUUUCCGGGAGAGCGAAAAGGGGUUCAAUAUUGAAGAUAUCGAGAUCAAAAGUUUGAAAAGGUUUAUAUGCCAGGGCGUGGAAAAUCCUUGUCUACCCAAGGAUUUGGUUGAGUGUAUUAAUCGAAGGAAUACGGGACUUGAGCAAUCAGUUUCUUACUAA